AUGAACCCUAGGAGCCUAUACUCUGUACUGAUUGGCUGGAAGUCAUUACUAAGCGUUCCGCAAGGACUUAGGGCCAUUUACGCCCUAGGAAUGUAUUUUCUACUCCUGCAAUUGAUCUGUACUCCGUACGGAGGUUCCGCUAUCAGUGCAGUGCAGCAGCACACAUACGGAGUUAGCCCCAAGCAGAUCUGCAUGCAACGCAGCAACAUCCCAGCCAUCACUUCUACUUCCGGUAGAUUAUGGGGAAGAUCAGGUGGUCCAAGCAGAGGGCUAAAAAAUCUACCUACUCCGGAAGUACGACUCCAGUACUACCUUGGGCCAAUUACCCCUGUCUCGUGA